GAAACUCGUUUCAAUAGUCGCCAAUCAAAGCUAGCUUCAAUACAGUGUAUUUACUAUGAAUACAAAUAUGGAAUCACUUUGGAAAAUAUUAGCAUGCUCAUCUCAGUAUCGAAGCCUAUAGAAGCUGGAAUAAUAAAUAAAAACGAAAUUCCCGUUGUUCUUUUGAUGUUUCCACCUAAGACGUACGAAAGCCAUAGCCUCUAUCAUGUACUGAUACCGUGAUGUCAGUCUAGUUAAUAUUUACGGAGCACACUCUCUUUCCAUUGCAUUCCAGCCGUUUUUUUUGUUAGUCAGCACAAAACGAUAACAGCACGGUUGUGGAUACAAAAACAAACUAGAACUAACCGGAAACCCGAGUCGGUCGCGGAGUUCGCUAUCCCGCUCGAUUCGGGACUUACGGAGACGGUCCCGUUCUAACCUCCCCGUAUGCAACAUUGUGUAUCCGUUGGGCAGGCGACUGCUCUGAUAAGAACCAGUCGAGUUUUAUCUUGCGACAAAUUCCAGUCGACUCUAUUCAGUCUUUCGUUUACUGCGGUUGGUUGAAGCUCGAAAAACUGUAAACAUGAGACAACUCAGAGAUAUUUGCUGGUUUGGAUUGGUGCUGGUCUUCACGCUUGCAACCGCAGCCUCCAAAACUUAUAAAUGUUCGGUCAUUAAUGAGGCGGGCUUUUGCUUUCUGGAGAAUGUCAUCAUUGACAGUUCAACGGCCGCCCAGCAGAUUGAAUUCCCCAAGCAUCCGAUUCUUCUGAUCAAGUCCGGUUCGAUUCCAAAUUUUUCCAAGGAUGUUUACAGUCACUUUGCCGGUGUUCGACUGUUGCACAUGUACAACAACACCAAUGUUCGAAAGUUGCUGAUUGCCAACAGUAACCUCACCGAGAUAAAUCUCCAACGCAACGGACUGCUGGAAUUUGAGGUGGAACCGGUGGAACAGCGGAACCUUAAAACGCUAACCAUCGUUCAUAACGAGCUUACCGGCAUCCCCAGAAACAUCCGCUUUCUGGAGGGUUUGGAAAAGCUGUAUCUUUACAACAAUUCGAUCGAAUACAUCGACCUGGAACUGUUUUCCAACGCCAGCUCCCUUAAGGUGCUCUCGCUCUACGACAACAAAAUUAAGACUCUCGAUUCGAAGCUGGGCCUGCGGUUCGGAAAUCUGCAAACGUUGUCACUCAGCAAAAAUCGCCUAACCUACAUUCCGUACUUCUUCGAUGCAUUCCCGGUGCUGAAUGCCAUUUCGUUGCGUAAGAAUCUCUGGAACUGCCGCUGGUUGGAGUUUGCGGUGGAAUUCAUGCAGCAGCGCAAAAUUCAAAUCGCUCGCAAGGAUGCCGUCUGCCGAGAUCGUUGGGUCGGGGACAUUUGCUGCUACAAAACGAUACUGGACUUUUUGUUCCACCAGCAGCACGAAGAGCUCGCCCAUGACCGGGAACAGCUACGGAAAUUGUCCCAGCAGAAUCAAGAUCUGAGACAUUUGGUCGAGCGGUUGACCGACACCGUGCACAAACUGGAGGAAGGCAGCAAUAGGAUGUGAGUGGGAGGGAAGCGUUGUAAUGAUUUUUGUUGUUGCGAAUUGGAACUGCACUUUUGGAUGUCUUGCAGUGAUUAUUUUUUAUCGCGUGCCCGACGCGGUGAAAUGUAUGGUGUGGUUGCUGCUGUUACUGAGAAGCUAAGUGGGCGGCUGACUUCGACGAUAAAUUGUUUUGGAAUGUGGACAAGUGUUACUAAUUACCUAUUGCAAAAAAUAUAAAAACAAAAUCAUUUCUAA